AGCAUGCUCAGGGGCCGGCGGCAGACCUGCCUCGCGCCGCGCCGCGCUACAUGCGCCAGUCCGGCACCACUGGAGUCCAGCGUGCGGAUUGGAGUGGCGGCCUGCUCGCCCGCCCUCUCGCUCCCUUAGUGCUCCCGAGCACCGAUGCCGGAGGCUGACUGACGAACGGACGGACCCAAUCUCGGAAUGCGAGAAUGCCCCCAACAUGAGCCGGGCGACUGACAAGCGAAGCAAAGAGGUGAGGCGCUUCUGAGCGCACACUACCGGCCGCUCAGAAAGGACUUGCGCUUCAGCAAAAGCUCCGGAAGGAAAAGGAAAAAUGUUUGGACGUGAUGCUGAAGCCGACAGCUCCCGCUCCUGAUUCCACCGGCCCGCUGCUCAGAUAGUGCUGGAGGCAGGCACAAGGGAGAAUGCAUAUCAUCCCCUGGCCCAAGGAAGAAAGCACCAUGAGCAGCAACGUGACCGUCACGGACGACGGCGAGCCCCUGGGCCGCAGCGCCAGCCCACCGCCCCCCGGGCUCGACAGCUUCCCCGGGGGCUUCCGGGCGUCCGUCGCCUCUUUCCUGGCGCUGGAGAUGCUGCUGGGCCUGAGCUCCAACCUGACGGUGCUGGCCCUCUACUGCGCCAAGUCCAACCUGAUCAGCUCGGUCAGCAACAUGGUGACCGUCAACCUCCACGUGGUGGACGCGCUGGUGUGCCUCUGCUGCAUCCCCCUCACGGCGGCGGCGGUCCUGCUCUCGGCGGAGGGCGACGCCGGCCUGCUGUGCCGCUUCCACGAGGCCUGCGUGUCCUUCGCCAGCGUGGCCACGGCCGCCAACGUACUGGCCAUCACGCUGGACCGCUACGACAUCUCGGUCAAGCCGGCCAACCGCGUGCUGACCGUGCGCCGGGCCCUGGCGCUCAUGGCCGCCGUUUGGCUGCUGUCCUUUGUCAGCUUCCUGGUUCCUUUUGCGGAGGCGGCCUUCUUUCGACUCCACCGGGAGGCGUCCUCCGAGCGGCGCGAGGCCCAACUGGGCCUCUACUACCACCUGUUGGCUCAGAUUCCCAUUUUCUUCUUCACCGCCGUGGUCAUGCUCAUCACCUACUGGAAAAUCUUGCAGGCGCUCAACAUUCGCAUCGGCACGCGCUUCCACGCCCCGCAGAAGAAGAAGGCCCGGCGGCCAAAGGAGCGUCCUUCCGUGACGCCGCAGCGGGAGGCUGCCGCCGCCGCCGCCUCCCAGAGCAGCGGUGGCGCGCUGGGCAUGCGCACGUCCGUCUCGGUCAUCAUCGCCUUGCGCAGGGCGGUCAAGCGCCACCGCGAGAGACGGGAGCGGCAGAGGCGGGUCUACAGGAUGUCCCUGCUGAUCGUGUCCACCUUCCUGCUGUGCUGGACGCCCAUCACCGUGCUCAACACGGUCAUCCUCAGCCUGGGCCCCAGCGAGCUGACGGUCAAGUUGCGACUGGGCUUCUUGGUCAUGGCGUACGGGACCACCGUCUUUCACCCGCUGCUCUACGCCUUCACCAGGCAGAAGUUCCAGAAGGUCCUGAAGAGCAAGAUGAAGAAGAGGGUGGUGUCCAUCAUCGAGGCCGACCCCACCCCCAACAACGCCGUCAUCCACAAUUCCUGGAUCGAUCCCAAGCGGAACAAAAAGGUGACCUUCCAGGACAAGGACGCCCGGCAGAAACGUCUGCCUCCGGAGGACGUGGAGUCCAAAUGACGCCCACCCUGUUCAUCCCAGGCCCCGGCCCCCUUUGUAAAUAUCGCGCGGUAGGAUCCAUCGUCGAGGGGCGCCGACAGCUGAGGCUUUCUGCAGUCUGCUGUUGCUACCGUCGGUAUUGCAUGGCUUUUUGGAACUUCCAGCGCAUACGUGAUACAUGUCGAAGCUAGCCAAGGAAGAAGGAAGCGUAGCCCCCUCCUCCCAUGUACUACAUUUCUUCCAAUAAUAAAUGGGCUCUCUACUCACCUAAAGCGGGAGGACGUUUGCUCCCAGGCCUCGACAAAGAUGAAAAAGCUUCAGGUCUGACCGUUGGCUAAUAGCCAAUGGAAAUGCGGGGUCGAGCGUAGCCCGUCUCGGCUCUGUCAGCCCUCGGGGCCGGCUCGGAUCCAAGGGCCAGAGACCAGGCGCUCUUGCGUACGUGCACACCGAAGGCCGAACGUGGCGGAUGAGCUCAUUCCAUCUUGCCAGAUGGCUUUCAGUGAGCGGCGGGGUCUUCAGCAUCAAGCGCUCGCAGAUGCGCUGCGCGUGUGCGCGCUGCAUUCCUUUUUAGUCAGCUGGUUCAGAGCGAGGCCCUCGCCACCCGCCGCUCGCCACUCGACAUACAGCAACGCGGUCGAUAACGGCGACGGCUUCGCGGUGAACCUCACUUUCAUCACUUGAGUAAGGUCAACUUUGCAGGAUGAUUAGAAGCCAAAACACUGCCAUGGACUUUACUAUUCCAUUCUUAUUCCAUAUCUGGCUCGAAGGAUUGUUCCGCCUCUGAAGCUCCUAUUAGCCUCGACCCGACGCACGUGUGCUGUAGACCACUAACGUGAUCCAAAGACAUUUGAGGCCCACGCUAAAAACCUCCCAAGAAAAUAAAAGCGUGAUUUCAA